AUGUCCCUCUUUAUUUCUCUGGUCUGUGACCGUCAAAACAGCGUUCCUCUUUAUAUACAUGGUCUGGACCUGACAGUAGAAGUAAUGUCUUUGUUUAUUUCUAUGAUGUGCGAAGGUCAAAACAGCGUUCCUCUUGAAACACAUGGUCUAGACCUGACAGUCCAAGUAAUGUCUCUCUUUAUUCCUAUAGUGACCGACGGUCAAAACAGCGUUCCUCUUUAUACAUAUGGUCUGGAACUGACACUCCAAGUAAUGUCUCUCUACAUUUCUAUGGUCUGUGACCGUCAAAGCAGUGUUCUUCUUUAUACACAUGGUCUGGACCUGACAGUCCAAGUAAUGUCUCUCUUGAUUUCUAUAGUGUGCGACGGUCAAAAGAGCGUUCCUCUUUAUACACAUGGUCUGGACCUGAGAAUCCAAGUAAUGUCUCUCUUUAUUUCUAUGGUCUGUGACAGUCAAAACAGCGUUCCUCUUUAUACACAUGGUCUGGACCUGACAGUCCAAGUGAUGUCCCUUUUUAUUUCUGUGGUCGGGUAA